AUGGGCUUCAUCAUUUAGACCCAGAGGCUGCUGCUGCUGCAGGCUGGGUCAGACUCCUGGCAUUCUGAAAAUCCCGUGGCAUCGCGCUGUUUUCCGUGUGAUAGCGGUAUAAGAUAGAUGCGGUCAGAAACACAGCGCGUAGCAGCGGGGGUCUGCUAUUCCUGGACCUGAGAGCUUCUCGGUGACACGGAGGACCGAGAGCGAGCGGAGCCGUGUCUUAUUCCCCGCUUUACAAAUAUAUUAAAAGUGGAUACAUCUCACCCAGGGUGUUUUUGUUACAGAUUCCUCCCUGAGUGCUGCUCUCAGCUUGGCCCCGUCUUCAGCAGUGCUUGAACUCAUCAGACUACAGUCAAACAUGUCGUCAUCCUACGCCGCUGCCAUAUCAGCCCUCCUUUCGUCCAGCUCUUCUAAUCCACUCGACAAACCCAGGCCACAACCCUCCCCGCUCACAUCAGGGAGUCCUAAACCCAGCAAACACACCAACUCCCCUCCGGCUGUACAGAAUCGCUCUCACUCGCCUGAGCUGCAGGGAUUCUGCGAGGAGCAACAGGAGAAUCCUGAAGACUAUGGCAUAGGUGGUUACUACGCUGUAGAAAUUGGAGAGAUUUUUGUUGAUCGUUACCAAGUUGUUAAAAAGUUGGGAUGGGGCCACUUCUCCACCGUGUGGCUCUGUUGGGACAUGGUGAAGAGGCAUUUUGUGGCUCUGAAGGUGGUGAAGAGUGCUCAAACGUUCACAGAGACGGCACUGGAUGAGAUCAAACUUCUGAAAUGUGUGAGGGACAGUGACCCCCAAGAUUGUAAACGUGAGAGAAUUGUGAAUCUCAUUGACGACUUCAGGAUCUCUGGAGCGAAUGGAGAGCAUGUGUGCAUGGUUCUGGAGGUUCUGGGCCACCAGUUGCUGAGGUGGAUCAUCAAAUCCAACUACACUGGCCUCCCUCUGCCCUGCGUUAAGAGCAUCCUCAGACAGGUCCUACAGGGGUUAGAUUACCUGCACACUAAAUGCAAGAUUAUCCACACAGACAUCAAACCAGAAAACAUCCUCCUGAAAGUGGAUGAGGCUUAUAUUCAAAAGCUCGCAUCCAACACCAAGCUGUGGCAGCUGCCUGCGUUCGCUGGUUCACCAUUGCCAGUGAACAGCGGACCCAGAGAGAAACAGAGCGUUUCCAAAUUACUGGGGAAGCUGACUGGGGCUUUCCACAAUCUUGGACAAUGGUCUAACAAGGUCUCCAGGAGUCCGAUUAAGAGGCUCACUAGGAAAGACAGAAGUCAACAGGGACAGGAGAGUGCAUCUGUCCCCAAACGAGACAAACCACACGUGUCGCUGUCUGAUGCCCCAGCUACAUCAAGCGCAGAGAAUGCCAGUUAUUUCUCUAAGCUCACGGCCUUUAACCUCAAGCUGAGGAGACAGACUCUGCUGUUUGAAGACGAGCUGCACUCAGCUCCACAAAGCCACAGACACUCUGUUUGCUCAUGGACAGAACUCAGCACAGACGCUCCCGUCUCCGGCUCCAGAUCAGUGUUAUUACAUCAGACUGCAGACAGAGGGCUUCCUCCAGCCUCACCAUCCUCUCCACGAGGUAUUAGUGACUCAGAUGUACUGCUGGAUCUACUGAAGCCUCAGAAUGCUGACAAAAUCCUCAUCAAGAUUGCUGACCUGGGCAAUGCCUGCUGGGUGCACAAACACUUUACUGAAGACAUCCAGACGUGUCAGUAUCGCUCUGUCGAGGUGCUGAUUGGUGCCGAUUACGACACACCAGCUGACAUCUGGAGCACGGCCUGCAUGGCUUUUGAGUUGGCCACAGGUGACUACUUGUUCGACCCCCAGUCUGGAGCCAAAUUCUCCCGUGAGGAAGAUCACAUUGCUCACAUUAUUGAGCUGCUGGGACCUCUUCCAUCACAGUUUGCCCUGUCAGGGAGAUAUUCCAAACGAUUCUUCAACCGUAAAGGACAAUUGCGGCACAUUUCAAAACUGAAACCCUGGAGCCUGUUUGAGAUACUGCUGGAUAAGUACGAGUGGCCACGUGAGGAGGCCGACCAGUUCAGUUCAUUUCUCUCGACAAUGUUGGAGCUGCAGCCAGAGAAAAGAGCCACAGCUGCCAAGUGUCUGAAACACCCCUGGAUCGCCUCCUAGACGCAUUCUGUGUUGUUAUUCAGUGACCAGUUGACUUUUUCUGUCACAUGGGACUUUGGUCCGCCGUGGGAGACAAACGGUGCUGGCAUCAUGAGCACAGCUUUCAUUAAUAUUUAUCAGCACCACCAGCAGCGUUUUCCCACACGGGCCUUUCAUUAUUUUAACUGGUGUCCAAACCAUGCAAAGCAAUGACCAAAGAGCAGUUUUGUCUUACAGAAAAAAAGUGCCUUCAUAAAAUAUCACAAACCUGAGUGUCAGUAAACCAGCAUAAGAGGAGUUUUAAUUGUCUUGAUAACCAAAUGUCUUUUACAUAUUUGUGGAAAACUGUGAAAAUGGAAUCAAAAGGGAAAGAGAAUUAAUAAACCAUAGUGGUUGCAACAGCACUCUUAUGAAACCCUAAUAAAUGAUGAAAUAUCAUUAAAA